AUGGCGCGAGUUUAUGCAGAUGUGAACCAGCAGAUGCCAAGGUCCUACUGGGACUAUGACAGCGUAAAUAUCACUUGGGGGGUGUUGGAGAAUUAUGAGGUGGUGCGCAAGAUUGGACGAGGGAAAUACUCGGAGGUCUUCGAAGGGAUCAAUGUGGUCAACUACCAAAAAUGCGUCAUCAAAGUGCUGAAGCCAGUCAAGAAGAAGAAGAUCAAGCGUGAGAUCAAGAUUCUGCAGAAUCUAUCUGGAGGCCCAAAUAUUGUCGCUCUGCUGGACGUAGUUAGAGACAGUCAAGUAAAUCCCUCUUCUCCUACAAGUCAACUCGAUACCGAACCCAAAGCUGGGGGUGGAAGUUCCGCAUUCGAUGAUCCUGCUAUGGCAGAUGAAGAGACAGCCGACUCAUAUCUUACACAGAGCAAAACGCCUUCCCUGAUUUUCGAGUACGUCAACAACACCGACUUUCGCAGUCUAUACCCGAAAUUCGUCGAUUACGAUGUUCGAUAUUACAUUUAUGAGCUACUGAAGGCCCUUGACUACUGCCACAGCAAAGGCAUUAUGCACCGAGACGUGAAGCCCCACAACUUGCGCCUUAUCGAUUGGGGUCUGGCGGAAUUCUACCACCAAGGUACAGAAUAUAACGUCCGCGUCGCGUCCAGAUACUUUAAAGGACCCGAACUUCUUGUCGAUUUCCAAGAGUAUGAUUACUCACUCGAUAUGUGGUCACUCGGCGCCAUGUUUGCCUCGAUGAUCUUCCGGAAGGAGCCAUUCUUUCAUGGUCAAAGCAACUCGGACCAACUCGUCAAAAUUGCCAAAGUUUUAGGCACGGAAGAUUUGUUCGACUAUCUUGACAAAUACGAGAUCGAGCUUGACGCACAAUACGAUGAUAUCCUAGGGAGAUACCUGAAGAAGAGUUGGCACAGCUUUGUUAAUGCGGAAAAUCAGAGAUUUGUCAGCAGUGAGGCUAUCGACUUCUUGGAUAAGCUACUCCGAUAUGACCAUCAAGAACGAUUAACUGCAAAAGAAGCCAUGGCCCAUCAAUAUUUCGCCCCUGUCCGAGCCAAUGAGCAACAAGGUCGCAUCACGUCUGGUACAUCAUCCUCCGCUUUAGUAUGA